AUGUUAGCAGCACCUGAUCCCAUUAAUAAUUGCAAUAGUAGAGAAGACAUUUUCGAAGCGGGAUUGAAGAGCUAUUGGAUAUCUGCUAAAUAUCAGUUAGAUCAUUUUGGUAUUAUUGGUGAUAAUACUUAUCAUUUCUGGAAGUGUGCACCGAUACAUGCACAAUCGCUCAAACAACCAGGUCGUUUAUUAUUGUGGAAAGCGACAAAUAAACAGUUGGAAACAUCAGGUGUGAUAAAUGUAUAUGGGAAUUCAACAUGGACAACAAUGAGACAUGGCUGGCUUGCAGUUGCUGUUUUUAACGAUGCCAUCGCAGUUAUUGAGAAACAAGAUGUUAUUGUGUUAAACUUUCCACUAGUUUGGAUAGAAGUAAGUGAGGAAGAAGGCAGCGAAUGUUUGGUACGAGUAUUUGGUCCGGAAAACAAAUUUCACAUUCAAUUCGCGAAUAUUGAAUGCAAGAAUGCAUUUCUGCAUGCCAUGCGGCAAUGGAAACAUUUCGAUGAACGAUAUACGACAGAUUAUAUUUUGGAGCAAUAUACUGUCGAACUACCCGAACGGCGACAUGGUUACUACAAAUUUUCACCUCAUCAUUCUGAUUUUGGAGACUGCACUUAUGAUGGUUAUUGGUUAUGUGGCAAACCUCAUGGAAGAGGUCAUCUCGUGUGUCCGAACAAAUGGGAAUAUCGAGGACACUUUACUGAUGGACGUUUAGAAGGGUUCGGAAAAAUGUCAAUAACUACAAGUGGAAAUUUGUAUAAGAUCAACACAAAUCUUACUGACAAAGAGGAAAGAACAUCAGAAGUUGAUAUAUACACUGGUUUUUGGCACAAUGGCUAUCUAGAUGGAUUUUCAAAUGGUGAGACAUAUGAGGGUUAUAUGCAAAAGGGACUAAGACAUGGUUAUGGCAUAUUACAUACAUCUAAAGAUGAUGAGAUGGAAAUAUAUUUCGGUGGUUGGCAAGCAGGGAUGCGUUCUGGAUAUGGAGUUUCUAUAAGCAAUAAAGAACGCUAUUUGGGUAUGUGGAAGAAUGAUUCAAGGCAUGGUAAGGGUACUUUGUUAGGUAUCGAAGGUAUAUAUCAUGAAGGAGAAUUUGAUAACAAUCGUUUGGUGCGUGGUCGUUUGAUUCUAUCAGCAGCGGAUCAUUAUUCCGCAGUAGCUUUCGAAGGCGAUUUCGAGAAAGCUGGUGUUAUUUGUGGGAAGGGAACACUUCAUCUAAAUCAAUUUGAUCAUGUAAAAGGGCGGAUGGUAGGUGAUAUUAUCAAUGGUGAAGUGAAAAUCAUCAAUGCCACUUAUUGGAGACAAAAACCUACGCUAUUGACAUCUUUUUCGUUAGACAAUGAUAUCGCAUCAACAACAAGUGAGUGGACAAUUGAUGCAGAGCUAAAAUGGAAGGAACUUUUCCAAAGUUUCUUGGUGCAUGAUUUUGGUGUUCCAAUCCAUAUAGCAAAUGCUGCUGAUGUUAGCGAAGUUGUUGAUGAUGCAUGUCGUGUUGCUAUAUGGAAUUCGCUUGCAUCGAGUAUGACGAAGAUUCGUUUAGGAAUGAACAAAGAAGAAAUCAAAGUUACAUUCGACAAGAAUCUUGAAAAGAUUCCGCAGUACACAUUACAAUGGUCGGGUAAAUAUUAUGAGAUGGUACAACAAUAUUGGAACCUGGCCUUGAAGCAUAAGUACCAUCCACUUCGACGAUUGGUGUUUGGUUUAUUUGAAGUUUUCACAGGUUCUUAUGGUACAGUUGGUACUCAUCGAGCUGUUUGUAAACAAGCUGUUUGUGAAUUGCGCAAUAUUCAUUCGAAAAUUUAUUCUGUUAUAAGACUGUUAUUUAGCAGUCUACCUCAUACUUUUGAAAUGUUUGCGCCCAUACCAAUAUGUACAGAUAAUAAUCUAGCAUCCGGAAAUACUGAUUUUGAUUCACAGUCAGCUAAGGACGAAAGUACAACUGAACGAAACGAUGAAUCGAGCUUCAGAGCAUCUCUUUUAUACCCUUCAUGCAAUUUUAUUAUUGAAACAGUUUUCUCUGAGUGUUAUGCUGUAAUUUUCACACUUUAUUCGGUAAAUUGUGCUGAUUUGGAUCGGCGAUAUUGGGAACGAGUUGUUUAUUUGAAUGCCUUCACUGAUGUGAAAUUACUAACCUAUCUCGAAAUAAAUCGGGAUCUCUGGCCAAUUAAUACCGAAAAUGUCGAUGAUCUCGACAUGUCAUUGAUCCGUGCAACUGCUCGCAAGAAAUUCUAUAAACCAGCUAUUCAGGCAUUGCAACAAAUCAGUUCACAUUUCAACCCAAUAUCCAAACUUGCAGCACUGGCAGAUACGUUUACGGAAAUUAGAGCGAAGCAGUUUUUACCACCGAGAAUGCAUCAGAUAAUGAAAAAUAAAAUAACUACUGCUAAGAAGAACUCAUCAAGCAGUGGGAUAACAAUGAGUUCAUGGGAUAUUCUAGACUUAUCUCUUAUAACAAUUGGUAAGAAAGUUAAUUUCUAUCAUCGCCUACUUGAAUAUAAAGCAUAUCCUUAG